GUUUGUGUUCGUUUUCAGUGUGUUAUCUAAAGUUUAGACAUUUAUCACAUGGAGAAGGUGGUCAUUAAACGACAUAAAGAGGCUGAACUUUAUCCUGGUAUGAGUGUGCUGGUGUUUAUAAAGAAGUGGCUCCUCCUUCCUCAUUCACUGUUGCCAGUGUGGAAGCUUUGCGAGGUACAAACAUGCGAGUUCUAGUCGUGUUUGCUUGCUUUCUAGCAGCUUGUCCGGCCCAGAAGCCUCACCCUUGCAUGAGCCCUCCUCUUCUGAGUGGCGAAAUCUCGGUGGCCACACAAAAUGAAAAGCUGUGGGCUUUCAUUCACUACCAGUACGACGCUUGGGGACAGAGGAUCAGGCUCCAGGAGAUGGGAUAUUACCAGAAUACGUCCUUCACCUAUGAUGCUCUGCUUCUCUUCAGAGAGGCCGCCAUGUACGAGAUCAACAAUAAAGACCACACUUGCAAGAGGAAGCCCCUUAAGGUUGACUUCCACCCGAUGGAAAUCCCGAGGAACGCCACUCUGUUGGGUCAGGCCGUUUUGGGAAGCUCCUCCGGCCCGGGUGAGGGGCUCCUCGUCAACACGUGGACAGGCAUCGUUCCCACAACUGGAGGACGUUACUUGAGCACAGUCACUGAAUUUGGAUGCAUACCUAUCUCCACGGCCUACCAAACUCAGCCAUUUGGAUGGAUGGUGUCAAGUUUCGUCAACAACGUUAUUGGCAUUCAGGACCCCAGUCAGCUCAACCCGCCAGACUUCUGCCAAGACGCGUCGCACGAGGAGCCGGUCGACUUCUUCAGCUUGUUCCAGAUUAAAUGAGUGCAUGUUUUCAAGUUAAAUCAACUACUAGAAGUCAAUCACUAGUCGACUAAUUAUGAAUAAUUAUCAUCUUGCGGUGAAAGAUGAGUGGAAAAAGAAUCUGUAAUAAAUACUCCUUCUUUUGCAACAUUUUGGGAUUACCUGUAGUCAUUAAAUUACACUUCAGUCAUGCUGAGAUACACUCUAGAUAUAGAAUAUGUUGUUAACAUUAGCCAAAACACUUCAAUACAAUGUUUAGACCUCAAGUCGUCAGUUUUUUUCCCCCAUUCUUAACUCAAUUUUGGCAUUAUUUUAUUUUUUACUGACACUGCCUGACCGCCAGAGGGCGCACUACACUCAUAAAUGAUGCUUGACAUGGAUUUGCGCUUUCAAUAAUGUGCGGAAUAUAUUGAGUAUCCCACAUGAAGACUGCACAGCAUGUGGACAGAAUCUGGCCUUCCAAAGAAGACAAACUCUAUACUCAAUUUUCAUUUUUAUUAUUUGAAACAUUUGGACUAGUCAGUGCUGCACAUUCAGACGAGGAGUCAAUUGGUAGCAGUAGUAACACACACCCCUCACUUCCCCUACUUCCUGCAGCCCAACAUUUACCGCCAUUGCCCACCUCUCCCGUGCUUCUGUCUCCAGCCACAGCAGCCUGGCAUCCGGGUCCUCAUCAGAGAACUGGAGUAGAGACCCUGAGUGCCGCAGCACCUUCAAACACUGCUUCAGCACGAGGCGAGCCUUCCCUCGCCCUUCCUUGGACCUCAGUAGGGCAUCUGUGGUGCCCUUGUCUACUAUAAGGUCCACACUGCAGGGACCAAAGUGUUUGUGCAGCUGCGUGCAGUCUAGCUCCACAAAGUCCAGCUGGGAAAAUGAGUUGCGAGGGUGGAUAGCUUUAGCCAGCACGUGCUCCUGCAUGAGCUGCACAGCAACAGGGGAAAUGUCAGCACAUGUGACCCGCACUGGCACAGAACAGUGCUGGUAAAUGGAGGGACCCAACGCAGAGGUGCCACAGCCCAUAUCCAGGACCUGGACUGGAGCCUCAGUGCUGGACAUAGUCUGUAGUAUGGGCAUGAUGAAGUUCUGGACAGUUUCAAAGCCAAAGAACCACUCAAAGUUCUUGAAUGUGGUUGUUCUGCUGCUGCUCUCAGAAUAGAAGCGGUCCCAGGUGGCUUUCUUGUCCAUGUUUUCAAUCAGUUCAGCUAGACAGACAGAAAGGACAGGACUAAUGACCAUGUUUAUGUUAUAUCUGACAUGUCAUGUCAAUAGCACUUCUCAACAUUCACAUGCUAUUUUGUAGUUUGGAGUAAAUGUGUUUUUUUUAUAUAGUAAUUACAUUUGUAUCGUAUGCAGGUUUCAACACACCACACUUCUAUUCAAGCUUUUAUGAGAAUAUGGUAACGUUUGUGCAAACGCAUAUAAACAGUGGCAUUUAAUCGUGUACUUCCGCAAACAGCUCGCUAGGUCAACAGUUAGCAUUCGGGCUAACAAUGAGCAAUGAGUGAAGUGCCAAUACAGCAUCACACAAGACAAAGGUGGAAGGGGAAAAUGACGAACAGUAACGCAUUUACCACCACGAAACGUACACGUAAGAGACGAAUGAAGUCGCACAUAAAUAGCUGAAAAUAUUCCACGACUUGUCAACGUCUUUGACAACAACGGUGUCAUCUUCGUUUGGCUUGGAGCUUAACUAUUGAACGACAGGAGCGUUCACUCCCACGUAAUGUCAGCGAAUCGAAUCAAGUAGUAGUAUCAGUAUCGGAUCGAUACUUGCAUGAUGAGCGAUAUUUUUUAAUCCGCUUCUUUUUAUUUUCACAAACACGUUUUUUGUUGGGUUGGUCAAAUAUAUUGUAUAUACUGUAAUUAUAUGUUAUAUUGCCUUGGACACAGGAGGGCUUGUGUAGUUGUUUUGCACUACUGACUUUAUUUUGCUCAAACAAUUGUGUGUAAUAAAAGGGCUUGUCUUAUGCCGUAUUG